CAUUGACAGGCAUCACUGACGGGCACUGUAAGGCAGCUCUGAUAGGCGGCACUGAUGCGCACUGAUAGGUGGCACUGACUGGCACAACUGAUAGGUGGCACUGACAGGUGACACUGAAAGGCAGCUCAGAUGGGCACUGAUAUGUGGCAUUGAUGUGCACUGGUAGGCACUGAUGGACACUGACAGGUGGCACUGUUGGGGCUACACUAAUCAUCAGGGCACACUGAUCAUCAGUGCCCUGAUGAUCACUGUCAGCGUGACAGCUCGAGAGGAGAAAAAUGACGAUCACCGGUAUUUCCCUGUUUACAUGUGAUUAGCUGUGAUUGGA